AUGCACCCUCUUACUCGCCGCACGCUCGCUGAUGUCACCACGCCCGCCCGCCAGGAACCGCCUGCCGCUGCUGCUGCUGCUGCUGUUGCGCCCUGUGCCUCCGCCGCCUCUGCAUGGCGCGCUUGCCACGCGCGGCCUGCAUCCAAAUACACGCGACACCACCUGGUCCCGCUCGUGCGGGGGCACUCGGCACGGAAGAAUCCAAGUAGCACCUCAACAUGGCCCACCGAGUAUAAACGACUACACUUGACCGCCUCUUCACCACGCCACUGA